AUGACAGAAAGACCUCUCUCGAUCACACCGCAGAUCGCGACGCCGAAUCACACCUCCUCGAAACCUGCGGCACCCACUCCUUCGAACGCUGCGCAUCCCAUCAGCGAGCCGGUAGAUGAGGAGCCCUACACCAUCAAGUGUAUCUGCGACUAUUCCGACGACGAUGGAAACACGAUUUACUGCGAACGAUGCGAUACGUGGCAGCACAUCGAAUGUUUCUACCCGGGCCACAUAGAAGACGCUUCGAGAGAAGACUUUGAUCAUUCGUGUACCGAUUGCAAACCGCGGCCGCUCAACGGACGCGAUGCGACCGAGCGACAACGAAUUCAACGACAGAACAAAUCCGUUAAUGAAAAUGGCGACAAGAAAACGAAGCGGCCACCCUCGAAAAGCCACAAGAAGAAGGCCAAACCUUCAGAACUCCAAAUCAACGGUUACAGCGACCAUGACAGCCAUGACCACCCCCCUCCCACUGCGAAGAAGCCGAAGGGCCAUCGAUCGGCUCAUUCGAUCAGCUCGCAGAUGAAACGCUCUCCGCCCCUCAAUUCACGACCAAACACACACAACCACCCUCCCAGUCCGGUUCAUACUCCCCCAGACCUGCCACAGGACUUCCACGUUCAUUCCUACUCGGACGCAUUCUUGAAACUUUAUGAAGACGAUGAUUUUGUACAACGAACCCUUACCAAUUCCUAUGCGAGCCUAUCGGUAACGAAUAAAAUGUCGGAAUGGGUACAAGAGCCUGACGUAUUUCGGGAAGAUUUGGGCAGAGAGGACAGCAAAGAUUUCUGGAAUUAUCUUAAAAACAACUUUCAAUCCCUCAAAUGGCCCGAAUUAACGGUCGGGCGGAAGGACGUGGUGAUCGAUGGCAAACAUCUUUCAUGGCGAUUUCUUACCACUCCAGCACCCAUCCAAAGUGGCCAUGUAGGAGAGCUUAUGGGUUUCAUUGGCUUCCAAAAUGACUACUGCAAGGACGAGAGCAAUCAUUGGAAAGAGAUUGUUCACCCGCGGCCUUUCAUAUUCUUCCCACCGGCCUUACCUCUAUAUAUCGACACGAGAAAGGAAGGCUCGGUAUGUAGGUAUGUUCGACGAAGCUGCCGGCCAAAUACCAGCCUGGAGAUCUACAUUGCGAGGCCAUCGGACUAUCAUUUCUGGUUAAUAAGCGAGCGGCCGAUAACCGCCAACGAACAGAUAACGCUUCCGUGGGAAUUCAAGUUUCCAAAAGAAAUUGACCAAUGGUCUCAGUUCUUGAAUCUAGGUGAAGAAGAUCGUGGGCUCUUUGAUGCUGCCAGCAUCAGCGAAAGCGACUACGAACGAAUCUCAAACUUGAUUGAUGUGGUUCUCUCUGAACAUGGCGGUUGUGCAUGCGGUCUAGGUAAUGACUGCGCGUUUGCUCGAUUCCAUAGAAAUUAUCACGGGAGAUUACAUUUACAGUCGAACGGCGUAAAGCCCAAGAAAGGCCGCAAACCCAAACAGAAUCACGUCUCGCCCACGAGUACUGGUCAAGCUAGUAACAGUAGAUCUGCUAGCGAGGGUCAACACGAGGUUAUUGAGGAAGAUGAUGUGCGUUCCGUGUCGGGUUCUAGAAGCAAACCUCAAAGUCGAGAUUUAACCCCUCUCAAUGGUGUGAGCGAGACCAAUGGUACCGCCCCAGAGACGUCGGAUCGCGAAAAGAGAAAGCUUGCAAUGCUCGAGGAAUCCUUCCGAAAAAUGGACCAAGGGCCCCCUCGAAAGAAGAAGAGGGCAUCGGAUGGCCUGUCCACGAAUCCGACGACGAACCCUCCUGCGGCCACUCCGUCGCAUCAAAAACAGAGAAAGGGCUCUGUUGCCUCCAGAAUGGCCAAUUCAAAACCGUCUGCGACUUCUAGCACGUCUCGGGGCCGGCAGUAUGUUGAUGCUAGUACAUCAAGGCGACAGUCAGGAUCACCAUAUAGCGCAGCGUCUCCAACAGCUACCGCACCAUCUCCUCAAAACAACUCCCCUCAAAAUGCUUCUGCUUCAAAACAGACACGCCAUACCCCACCGACGCCGACCAAAGUUGUGUAUGCAGAUUCAGCCACGCAAACCGAUGAUGUCGAGAAUGCAUGGUGGAAACAACCACCAGCGAGGCCCAAGAGACCAAUUAUUCCACUGGCGAAGCGUCUCCUCAAGAAUCGGCACAGGAUUCAGCUUGAACAAGAGAAGCUGGAACGUUCAAGAAUGGCCGAGGACCAACCUGAGCAACUUUCGCCUGUAGCUGCAAUGGAAAUGAGUGGUAUAAAGCACGAAGAACAAUCCCCGCAAUCACCUACAGAAUCGAGAGGUCGAAAUGCCAGUGUCGUAUCCUCAACACCGUCGAUGGACCUCGCUUCGACUGUAGCUGACGUACAUAUGGUUGAUGCUCCUGCGAUUAUGAUUGGAAAUACAAUCAAACCCCCACCUCCACCAUGCCCAAGUCAAGCAAACAACAAUGGUGUUAUGUCACCGGCGCAGAAAUCUCCCCAUCUCAGAGUGCAGAUGCCAGCUACACCCACAUUUACCAACCCAAAUAUGGCUGGGCCUGUGUCGGGCUCGGCCACUCCUUCCUCUGCUUCUGGAGCACUCGCCCAAUCUCCAUUUGGCACCGUACAUUUCCCAUCUCCGUUUUCAGGUCCAGCAGUCAGUGGUGUCGGUCAACAAGCCAGUCCUGCAAAGACCACGAAGAAGCUUUCUUUAAGCGAUUAUAAAGCAAGGAGGAAUGAUAAUGCCAAUUCAAGCAAACCGCAAGGAGGUAGCAGUCCCACUACUUCUCCGGCUGUUCUCAAACCAUCUCUUUCUACCAUCGAUGAACCGAAACCCAAUGGUGUUUUCGAGGGCCCGCGUAUUAAUGAUCAAACUCGCGGGAAAGAGAACGUCGAAAACAUGUCGACUCCGGCAUCGAAACUUGCUUCUAAAGAUGGCGUGCUAUCCGAACCCGCGAACAACACCAUGUAA